AGUGUCUCAAACAAUCGGAAUUAUGUACAGAAUGAUUCCCACCUGGUUUGGCUCGAUCUCUGUGGAUUCCUGCAAGAUCACACUGAUCUUCGAUGCCCCGAUGACGUCAUUAGCAUCUGAAACCAUCCAGCUACCCGAUGAAGUUAAACACGUGGCGUGUACCCAUCUCCACAUGGCGAUUCUCAUGAAGCACGAAAAGUUGGCUGUGAGAAGACUUGACGACUUUGAGGGAAACCUGACAUUCCUGGACCUGCAUACUGAUUUAGAUGUUUUGCUGGUAGCUACAUCCCGUGAGAUAUACGCUGUCGAAAGAUCUGGAACAAGUUCGGAAAUUGUGAAGAUCCUGGUUGAUUCUGUCGGAAUUUCACCGAAAAAGAACAAUUUAGCAAAUAAGAUCCAAUUUCCAUGGCCUGUGAGAAUUGUGGAAGCUGCUGCUGGUCACGACUUUCUGAUCUUCCGGGAUACAACCGGCAACCUCUUCUCUAUGGGUACCGGAACUCGCGGGGAGCUUGGAGUUGGUCUGAUCCGCCGAGUCGACGAGCCCGUCCAUAUCGAGCAACUCGUGGGAAUUCGCAUUAAAAAGGUGGCUUGUGGCGGUUGGCAUACGGUAGCACUGACAGAAGGCGGUGAUGCAUACACAUGGGGAUGGAAUCGGUAUGGACAACUCGGAAAAGAUAAGGGCUCCACUGAAGUCUACCCGGUACUCAUCGACCCAGAGGAAGAGAAAUUCGGCGAGGAGAACAUUUUGGACGUUGCAUGCACAGAGCAUAAUACGCAGAUUGUCAUCAAAACAGGCCACGCCCCCUUUGUGCUGGGCACGAACCCCACUCCACCGAUCAACGAAUUUCACCUAGACUAGACUAUAACUUUUAAUGAAUUCU